UUGUAAAAAGUAAAGAAAAGCCCCAAACAGAGAGAAACGACCACGUAAGAGUGGUUUGGAUCACUAAACUCGAAUCGUCAUCUUCAUCGAUCGAUAUGCGACACAUCAUCUUCAUCGUCAUGUUCUGUCUUGCAAAGUUCAAACCUUUUUACAAAUCAGACAAAACCCAACAAUUAAUGAAACAAUGUCAAAAACGGCUAAUUUUCUCAGCCUGAGAUCCAAUCCUCUACCUCCGAUUUUCUCCUCCACCGGAAACUCUCCUUUCCUCCGAGCUUCCUCGGCUCUGAAUCUUCCGACAACUGCUUCGAAACCUUUCCACAGUUGGAUUCGUGCUUCUUCACGUCGCCGGUUGGUUCUCGGUGGUUUUGGCGGCGCUUCUUUGUGGAUGAACAACAAUAUGUCCGGUAAAUUUGGCGGUAAAUCUUUCAUUGCUUCCGCUAGGCAGACCAAUCCUUCUCCCGUCGAACAGGCGUUGAAUAAGGUGGAUUGGCCAGAGACUUUCCCUUUCAAAGAAGAAGAUUUCCAGAGAUACGAUGAGUCGUCUGAUUCAACAUUCUACGAAGCUCCAAGGUUUGUGACACACAUUGAUGAUCCAGCUAUAGCUGCAUUGACAAAGUAUUACUCCAAGGUUUUGCCUCAGAGCGAUACUCCAGGAGUGAGCAUACUCGAUAUGUGUAGCAGUUGGGUCAGUCAUUAUCCACCGGGGUAUAGGCAAGAACGAAUAGUUGGAAUGGGUAUGAAUGAAGAAGAGCUUAAGCGAAAUCCGGUUCUCACCGAGUACAUAGUCCAAGACUUAAAUCUCAAUUCAAAUCUGCCUUUUGAAGACAAUUCUUUCCAAGUUAUAACCAAUGUGGUAAGUGUGGAUUAUCUUACAAAGCCGCUUGAAGUGUUCAAGGAAAUGAACAGAAUCCUUAAGCCCGGAGGACUCGCUCUAAUGAGCUUCUCGAACCGUUGCUUCUUUACUAAAGCAAUCUCGAUAUGGACAUCAACUGGCGACGCAGAUCAUGCUCUCAUUGUUGGAUCAUACUUUCACUACGCCGGAGGAUUUGAAGCUCCUCAGGCCGUUGAUAUAUCUCCAAAUCCAGGGCGUUCAGAUCCUAUGUACGUUGUUUACUCUAGAAAACUCCCCAUGGUUUAAACCUGAGAUCCAAGCACAUCAUGUAUACACAUAGUAGAGACCGAGGAAACUAAUUCUUCGAUUAAGACAAGGGAACUUCUGAAAUCUUGUUUAUAAAGAAUGUGCCACUCUCUCAACACUAAUAACAAUGUCAUAUAAAGAAUCUGAAGCCAGAUUCGCAAAUUUGACGAUAAUACUUUUCUUCGAGAACUGGAUUCUCUUUUCACAGAUCAUGGAGCCAACACUUCAACUCAAGAGAAACAUGUCCUGGAAUCCCAUCAACGGUUCUUCUUACAAUGGCUCUGUGGUAUUGAGGUGGGCCAUGAGGAGCAUUCAAGUAUUUGAAACUAAUGUAGAAGAUUGCAUUCCCAGCCAUCAACUUUUCAUUUGACUCCACAGCUUCACGAGUCUCUACAAUGACCUUCAUUAUCUGCAGCGGCACAGACUCGAGCCUCAUGUCUCCUUCCCACAUCGAGUAUAAUGCGAUUUCAGUGUAUAGAUUAAGCCAGUUGUGUUCUCGGAUCUCUGAUUCUUGCACCUCAUAAAACUGAUCUUACUCACUGCAUGGCAUCAAAAUAUCAUCCGAUAUCCACUUAGGUAGAUAGCCUUUGUAGAAACCAUCAAUAGCUUCGUCAUUCCAUCGCUUUGUUCUCCAGUACCUUUUUACAACAUUUUCCAGCAUCAGCAACAUUAUGAUAACAAAAAGAACAAUCAACUAAUCAAAACCAUAAAGCAAUUCACCUUGAAUCUUUGGUUUAAUUCUACAGACUUCAGUCAGUAUCCUCAGGUCUUCAU